CCGGACCAGUUUCUCAAACCUUCUUGGACUACAAUGGUUCUUGAAGAAGUUGUUCGACUCACGUCAUCCCAGGCCACUCCAUCCGAAGCGUCAACAGCUAGUGGGUCCGCGCGCGAGUCUGCUACCAAUGAGGCAGCUCAUUCAGAUUCAGUUAAUCCUGCGUCUGCUUCGCAUAGCUCAACGGAAGCGGCACCAGUCAAUCCCCCCGAUCUUCUCGACCUUCCUGACGAAGUGAUUUGGUCUCCCAGUCCGGUUGAGAAUGCAAGCAGUCGAAGUGUAUCCCCGUCCCCACUGUGCACUUGUUUGGCUUGCUUGACAAGUAUCGGGAAACCGGAGGACGAUGCGUACAUUGUGGCCGGAUCUGACUGUGGUUCCAUGUUCAUCUGGGAUCGAUAUACAACAAAUACAGUCCGCAUUUUGGAGGCGGAUAGUUCUACUGUGAACUGUGUUCAACCUCAUCCAUCUAUUUGCCUUCUGGCUAGUUCAGGGAUUGAUUCGGUGGUUCGUUUAUGGUCUCCUAGACCGGAAGAUGAUCUCGAGGAUAGUCGAGUUAUCAAGGACCAUGUUGGUGCUGCCGAGCGCAAUCAGCGUCGUUCUGUUACCGAUCCAUUGGAGCUUGUUUUGCUCAACAUGGGCUAUCGUAUUUCUGGUUUGGAUGCUGGUUUUACUCGUCGGCGUCCCCGUCGUCCUCGGAUUGUACAUAGAGGGGAGAGACGAGGCAGCGGCCCUCGUGAGACACGUGCACGAAGACGUAGUCGACACCAGUCCAAAAGUCCUAGUGAUGAAGAUGGUGAUUUUGAGGUCCGCAUUGAGUGGGAUAUGAAUGAGAUGGAUCAUGAUGGUGAGGAAGAUAAUGAUGUUCAGGAGUCUGCAGUCCCAGCCGAUGGAGCUGGAGAUGAAGAUUAUGACAAUCCUGAUGAUCUUGACGAUCAACCCGAGGCUCGAGGUGCUACUGUAUAUACAGGUGAACCCGACCCCGCCAUAACCCCAGAAGCGAACGGAGUCACCCAACAGCAGGAAACUAGUUCGGUUGAUAUGACCCGGGUCGCACGGCCGUUGGAUAACCGAAGGGGCUCACGACGAGGUCGCCGUAAUCGGUGUCAAGCAGGUUCUAGUAGACUUUCGGUCACUGUCACUACUUCUUCCCCCUGCGAUUCCGAAAACCCCUCAAGUUCUGCUAAACCCAAAACUAAAAGAGCAAGAAAUGAAUUGACUUCGUCGGCAUUUCAGCCUCCCAUUGCUUGCAGUGUAUUUGAUGACGACGAAGACGAUGAGUCUGCAGAAGAAGACGUGGGUAGCACAGACUCGGACAACCCAUCGAGGGUUGGUUCCACCUCAUUCGUUCGCCGCACCGAAUCGUCAUCGCACAGAUCUACUCGUUCGGGUCGGGGUGCUGGCUCCUCCCAUCAUCAGCCAACUGUUACUCCUCUGGCAACUCUUCGCUCAGUGCUGCACACAGGUGAUCACCUCUUCUUGUUUGGGGCGGCUCCAAGUACCGAUGGACGACCGCGCCAAAGAGAGAGACGUUCAACAACCAAUAGUGGAUCUCGCAUGGAAGAAGCGGAUGACGAAGAGAAUGGGGUAUCCGAAGUUCCUUGUUCGUAA